AUGUCGACGCCAAGGUCCAACUUCGAGUCAUUGAUGUCGAGUGUCUCUGAUGAUGCUCACCUUCGCUCCGCACUUUCGACUCAUCUAUACCCUGUCCUCGGCAGCUUAUCCCCUCUGUCCUCACAGGCCCUGGCUACCGCUCUUCAGGCAACGGAUACCGAUCUUCGUUAUAUACGGAGUCUCGUGGCUGAGGUUAAUCUCGAAGGGCGAAAGCAGAUUUUCAAGACGGAUCUGAAGGCCGCAGAGGGCUCGCGGGAUCUCACCGUCUGGAAAGCAACCGAGGAGAAGUCGCUAGAUGCAAUGUGCGGCUGGCUAGCGACACUGUGGCGGCUUGGGGUUGAGAAGAGGUGUGAACACCCGCUUGUGCGGGAGUGCCUCGUAUUCUGCGAGGAGGUCAUUCUUCGUACGGUACCACCGCCCGACGUAGCAGAUGAGUGGCAUGCGCUUCGUCUCGACAUCUACAUCGACGAUAGUAAAUCGCGAGCUGUGUUCUAUGAGACCGAUUGUCUCCCGGGGCACGCACUUGCGUGGGUGUGGAUGGAACUACUCGCUGAGGCGUUGCUUUCGGACUCACACUCCGAGUUACUAUUCGUCAAGAAUGCUGUCACGUAUUUGCAGCAGUCGAGCAUAUCUUGCGUGGUACAAUCAUAUCUUGGAGGAUGCGUCAGGUUGAACAGAUACAUCGACAUUCAAAUGGAUGGCAUUCUCAUUAUAUACGAUAUGUCGCAUUGGUCACAACAAAAGCGGCGAAAACUGCUGGAUCUGCGCGCGCUAUUUCUCGCACCGGAGAUCCAAGCAUUCAGAGCAUCCCCCACAUCCUCCAGCUUCGACUCCGUCGUUAGCCGCCUACCUAGCCUGAAAGAUGACUUGAUGCGUGUGGCACGCGAGCGAGUCCGGGGCAACGCGCAGAGCCUGGUAAUCCGAAUUCAGUGGGACGCGGCUGCUGCGAUCUACUGCACGUGGGGGACAGACACGGACCAAGCCGAUCUCGCGGCAACCUUAGAGGGUUUACCUCUGGAAGGGAACAUUUUAGACGCUUCAAUCGCCUUAUUCGUGCGUUCCUGCGCGAAUGGCAAAACUUAUAUCACGGUGCCCCUCAUGCGGAAAACCCUAACGGGUGUUCUGAAGCAGUGCUGGAUGCAAGUUGCUCGUGCAUACCCUGGAUGGGACGACGCGUGGGACUGGUUAGACGGGGCCGUAUGUGACGGCCAGCUGGCUGAAGAGGCGUUGCCCGCCGACGCCGUCGAUAGGCCGCGAAAUGGGAAAAAUGAGCAACUAGCUCACUUCAAGGCGCUUCUCGGAUCCACAGCAGCAUCGGGCGAGGACGACAAGCUAGCUGUAGCUGGUCGGAAACACAACAGAGAUGGCGAAACGAAGACCAAAGGUUGGGGUUUGGCAAGCGACGUGCAACGCUGCUUGAAGGAAAUCGCUUUGAGUGAUGUUCGAUCUUACACACUUAACGUCGAGGCUUUGGCAAAGUCUGCGUUCGGCGGUGACUAUCUGGCCAGCGUUAAUGGAGUCUUCGACGUGCUGCACGACAGUACAUCCGAAUUGCCUGUACGUGCGGCACUCUGUGCUCUACGGGACGUACUACGGGGCAAAUGGGACGUCAAGCGUGACUAUGUGACCGGCUCCGGAGAUGCACAUCCAGUCGGGCGUCCAGUGAAGAAAGCUCGUGAAAGAGCGCCACGACAUUCCGAUAUUGUGCUGGUGUAA